AUGUCUGACGUCAUCGAGAGAAUCGUUCCAUGUAUCUGGAUAACACCAAUCGACUGCUUCUGGGAAGGUGCCAAAGCACUAGGACCUCAUCCACCAAUUGAAACAAAGAAUAUAAUCGAAGUGUAUUCCAGAGAUCUAGCACUUCUGGCGUGGUUGAAAUCAAUCCCAAAUCGAAAAUAUAUUCAGUGGACUGAUUUCGAUCCUAUGGCCGUUAUUGAUGAGAUUCACGAUAUGUUGAAUCUUGGUUCACAUCAUACAUUUUUCGAGCGAGCCGGUGUUGGGCAUGGUUACCUAGACAGACCGUGUAUGAAUCCACUGGAUCCAGAAUGCCCAAAGAUGUCACCGAAUUACUACGACGUCUGCCCGCUGAUUGAUCGCUUCCGUAGCUAUGCAGAAAAGAAUAACAUCACAUUGGAGGCAGACGACUUUUCUCAUGACGUCUAUGAAUUCGAUCUUUUUUCAUUAUUCAAUAUGGGCAGUAGACGGCGAAAGAAGCGGGACACAGAGGCGAUGGAUGCCCUCCGAGUGAAUGAUACUGAGGAUGCGUCAUUACAACCGAGCAAACCUCUAUCGGGCGCUGAUGAUUCAGUGGCUGAAGCUGCUGCGCAAGAGGAAUUACAACGAAGGGAAAAAGCUAAGAAAGCGGCUGCUGAAGAAUGUAAAGCUUAUCGUGGGCCCAUGAUGCGAUGGAUGUUUGACAAUCCAGACAAAUGGUCGGAAUUUCUAACCAUGUCGGAAUAUCCUCGUUUCCCCGAUUACGCUCAAGUGAUGUCGGGUGGAUGUCCUGGAUUCGCAGCAGGUGUUCUGCAUUGGCCCGAAGAUAUGAUCCUCGGCGGAGUAAAACGAUCCGCGAAGGGAGCGACUAUGGAGUCGGCUGAUGCCUUACAAAGCGUGUUCUUGGUAGCCAGUCCAAACGACGUCUACCUCAGGUUCAAGCAAAAAGGAAAUCGUUUACCAGCAAAACUUGAGUUGGAUCAGUCUAAAUGGAAUGAAAAAAUGGCCGAAGAAGUGAUCCAGCAGUGGCAGCGCAACUUCACCCGAAUGCUCUACAAACAUCGCGCCAACUUUGAUGAAGAGGGUUUCGAGCGCCGUACAAUACAUCCGUUGGCGUCAACGUCUAUUGCAGACAUGUUGGAAGAGUUCUGCCAGUUCAAUUACAAGAUCAUUUUCGUUGGAUAUGGCCUAAUGGUGAGUUUCUCACAAUCUCAUGUCGAGAGCAAAUGCGAAAAUUGA